AUGCUUGCUAAAAAGUUUAAAGUAGCAGUGUGCGGAGGAGGUGUUGGGGGUCUCACCGUUGCUCUGGCUUUAUCCAAGCAUCAGGAUAUCGAGAUAGACGUAUACGAAGCUGCGUCACAAUUCACCGAAAUCGGCGCAGGUGUAGGGAUAUGGCCACGCGGAUGGGCCAUUCUGCAAGAUCUUGGACUCCAUGAAGACCUGAUGACAGUUGGGCAUGCAUUGCCGACUGAUGAGUAUGUCUCGGCAUUUGUCCUUCGAAAGAGUGAUCAGGUAGUGGGGCUUGAAUUCCACGAUAUCCUGUCCAAAGGUCAUUUGAUUAGAUUUCACCGUGCUCACUUUCAUGGCGUGCUGUUAAAACACCUUCCGUCUACCUGCAGAACCCACUGCUCUAAGCGCCUCAAGACAUACAAGCAACCAGAUAUAGGACCAAUACAACUUUACUUCCAGGAUGGAUCAACCGCUUCCUGUGAUGUUCUAAUAGGGGCGGACGGCGUGAAAUCUGUCGUACGAACUUGCAUGCUUCAAGAGCAGGCAGAUGAAGCAGCAAGAAGAGGCGAUUUGGAGAUGUCACAGAGUAUACUAUCGUGCAUUGAGCCUGUCUGGAGUGGGUUCGUUGCUUAUAGGACGCUUAUAUCAAGCGAUAAGUUACGAAAGCAAGCGCCAAACCACCGCGCUCUGACAACGCCUACACAGUAUUUAGGGAAAGAUGCGUACAUUUUGGUUUAUCCAGUGUCGAAAGGGGAAAGCAUCAACUUUGUGGGAUUCUGUUUCGAUCCUAACCAUGAGAAUACCACGUUUUCUGGGCCUUGGGUGAGGGAAAUGACUAGGGAAGAGGUCGCUGUCCCAUUCGCAGAAUUCGAACCAGAAGCGAAGACUUUGAUUGAGUGUAUUGACAAGGCAAAUUUAUGGGCUAUAUACACUGUGAAACCGUUACACGCGAUGAACUUCAGACGUGUCACUUUACUUGGAGAUUCUGCUCAUUCAAUGGUUCCUUCCCAAGGUGCAGGCGCAGGACAAGCUAUCGAGGAUGCUUGCGUGCUUGCCAAACUUCUUGGUCAUAAGCUGACGAACAUCGAGUCUGUUUGCUAUGCACUCGCCGUCUAUAACGAGAUCCGCCUUCCCUUUACAAAGGACAUUGCCCACAGGUCGUAUGAGCAAGGAAAAUUAUCGGUUUUUCAAGGCAUAGAAUUUGAUGGGUGUAAUUUAGACGAUGUACGGGCCAGAUUAGCGCUUCUAGGCGACAGACUUAACAAAAACUGGGAUUGGGCAUGGUUGACCACGAUAGAUGACUCGCUGCAGAAAGCCAUUCUAUUAUUGGAAAACGGUGUUCCAUCUGUUCCAUCCAUGUUAUAAGCCCUUUUGUCGUGUAUUCUCUUCGAAUUGAAUGUAUAAAUAAUGCAUCAGCAGCAUCAACAAAAAGAAAA